CAGGGAUCGGUGGACGCCAGCGGGGACCUGUCGCUGAACCUCCGUCCCAGCUCAGCGACGAGCGCUCCCAGCUCGCCGGCACGCACGGUGACCUCGUUCCUGUCGCGCGGCGCGUCUCUGACGAGCGGGGCGGCCAAGAACUUGCCCUAUGCUAAGGACAGGCACCUGACCUUGCUGGUGGUGGACGACGCACGGACCGACUGGGCCAAGUACUUCCAGGGCCGCAAGCUGCACGGCAACUGGGACGUGCGGGUGGAGCAGGCGGAAUUCGGGGACCUCACCCUGUGGGCGAGCACCGAGUCCGGCACCACCGUGAGCAUGGGGGCCGUGCGCCAGGGCACCAAGGUGGUGCGCUCUUUCCGGCCGGACUUUGUGCUGGUGCGCCAACACGUGCGGGACGCCGGCCGCGACUACCGGCCCCUCUUGCUCGGCUUGCACUUCGGCGGGGUGCCCACCGUCAACUCUCUGCACAGCCUUUACAACUUCCAGGACAAGCCUUGGGUGUUCACCCAGCUGCAAAACCUGCAGCGUCGCCUGGGCAGAGAGAACUUCCCGCUCGUCGAACAGUCCUUUUUCCCCAACCACACGGAGAUGCUGACGGCCAACAAGUUCCCGUGCGUGGUGAAGGUGGGGCAUGCACACGGCGGCCUGGGCAAGAUGAAGGUGGAGAACAACCAGGACUUCCAGGAGGUGGCCAGCGUGGUGGCCCUGACGGGCAGCUACUGCGUCGUCGAGCCCCUGGUGGACACGCGCUGCGACCUCCACGUCCAGAAGAUCGGCACCAGCUACAAGGCCUUCGUGCGUAAGAGCAUCAGCGGCAACUGGAAGGCCAACAUUGGCUCGGCCAUCCUGGAGCAGGUGCCCAUGACGGAGCGCUACAAGCAGUGGGUGGAUGCCGUCUCGGAGCUCUUUGGCGGCCUCGACAUCUGCGCCGUCGAGGCCAUUCAGGGCAAGGAUGGCCGAGAGUACAUCACGGAGGCCAAUGACUCUGCUAUGCAGCUCCUGGGAGAGACGCAGGAGGAAGACCGUCGCCUCAUCGCAGAGCUGGUCCUGCAGCGCAUGCAACAGUACUGCAGGCCCCCCGGCACCGCACCUCCGAAGCAGCCCACUGCCCCCACCGUGCCCCCCAGGGCCCCCGAGGAGCACCCUCCGCAGGAGCAGAACGUGCCCCCACAGUCUGUGGGCGGUCCCCCGUCGGGUCCGCCCCCGGGCCCGCCCCCGCAGCCUCGCGGGCCGAUGCCCACGGACCCACAGCGCCUGCAGAGGGGCUCCUCCGGGGCCGGCAACCCCCCGCCACCCCCGCAGAGACCACAGGGGGGCCCGGCUUCCCUGUUCCGGCGAGAGAGCCAGUCGAGCGAAAAAUCCGAGGACCCCGACGACACCAUGAGAAAUCUGCGCAAGACGUUCGCUGGUAUCUUCGGCGACAUGUAGGUGGGGCCACACGCCCCCGCCCGUCGGCCCCGCCCCCACUGGCUGCACCCCUGCGGGGGUAGAGCCGGGGGGCGGGGCUGGAGGUCGCGGCGGGCGUAGCCCCGACUCCCGUCUGCCUCGGGAUUGACGUCUCCGAGAGGGAUCUCGAGCACUGCCCCCUCUUCCUUCCCAGCCGCCCUUUCCCGUAGGGAGGGGAUCUGUCCCCGUGGGAGGUCUCCCUCCCUCGUCGAAGGCGUAGCCUUUGUCUUCGGAAGUUGCUCCACCCCUAGAAGAAAACAAUCUCUCUCAAAUGUCGGCUGCGCCUCAGGAGGACACAUCCCUCCCACUGGGACUGGCUCCGCCCCCAAGGGUGGGGCUUCCCCUCCCAUGGGCACCGGCUCUGCCCACGGAUGCAGAGCCUUCCCUCCCCUCGGGAAACGGGACCCCGCCCCCGAUCCCUCCCUCGAAGCCUCAACCCCCCGCAAACCCGGUUUUCCCCGGAUUACAACGACAACGUCCCACCCCACCAACACCACCACCGCCACCACUACCGCCGCCGCUGCGUGGCCCUCGUCGCAGCCACUGCCAGACCCGAGCAUCGGGUUGCCACGACGCACCACCUUCCCCCACAACCUCCCUGCGAGCGGCGAGGCCGCGCAAGACGCCGCCUGGUCGCUACUCCCCGGCUGUCCCGGGAAGGCCGACGUACCUCGUGCCCCGCUUGCGGCCCUCCAUGGUGCUUCACCUAGCAAUCGGUCGCGGUGCCACCCUUCUCUCGUGCGUCUCGUGUCUGUGUCUAGGCCGCCCACCCCCCCGUUCCUGUCCGGCCUGCGCCGCCGACGGUGGGCUCGUGUAGAUAGCUCUCUGCCCUCCCUCGGUCGUCUGAAUGUUGUCGUAGGCGAAGGGCCCUUCUUGCCGGCCCAGCGUGUCACCGUCGUUUGCAUGUGAGGAGUGUUCCCGCAGUACCCAAUAAAGAAUGCACGUGCGCCAGUCUCCCUUCUU